AUGGAGCCGAAGGAGUAUUCCCUAAGUUUCACCAGCCGGAGCACAUCAUUCAUGCCUUCCGACCAACAGUCCGACACCAGAAUCAUCCUGGACGAUGAGAAGAAGUUACCUCCAGUUGAUGGAGGUGCCCAAGCAUGGCUAUUUCUUAUGGCUUCUGCAAUGCUGGAAGCUCUAGUUUGGGGUUAUGCCUUCGCUUUCGGAAUAUUUCAAGACUACUAUAGUACACACGAACCUUUCAAAGGAUCAGGAAACAUUGCUGUUAUUGGUACUUGCGCCAUGGGCAUAUCAUACUUGUUUGCUCCGUUGGCAAUCAUCUCGAUGAUUCUAAUUCCCAAAAUUGCUCGCUGGGUGUCGACAAUUGGAGUGGUGAUCAUGUGUCUGUCUCUGGGACUUAGUUCUUUAUCCACCAAUGUCACCCAUCUUAUAUUGUCGCAGGGAAUCGGAUUUGGAGUUGGUGGCUGCUUUGCAUACACUCCCACCAUCCUUUUCAUGUCUGAGUGGUUCGAUAAACGAAAAGGUCUAGCUUUUGGUAUUGUCUGGGCCGGGUCGGGUUUGUCAGGCAUCAUCUUUCCACUUGCCAUCCAGUGGCUUCUGGACCAGUAUGGAAUUGAAGCCACGCUCCAAGUAUCAGCAGUGACAUUGUUCAUACUUUCUGUGCCUUUUCUCUACUUCCAUCGACCGAGACUGCCGACAACAGAAAUCGCGUAUCAUCGGCUCAACUUUCGUUUCUUGUACGACAAGGUGUUCAUCAUUUACCAGCUUGGAAACACCUUAGAAGCUGUUGGAUUCUUCCUACCGACCAUAUACCUCCCGACGUACGCGCGCAGCAUAGGCGCGAAUGACUUCAUGGCAUCUCUCACCAUUACAUUGGUCAAUUUGUUCACGGUGUUUGGCUCUGUCAUCAUGGGAUUCCUUUCCGAUCGAUAUCACAUCACUACCUGCAUCUUGAUUUCGACUGUGGGUACCGUUCUUGCGGUCUUUUUUGUUUGGGGCUUUGCCAUUAAUAUCCCUGCUCUCUACGUCUUUUGUGUCGCCUACGGGCUUCUUGCAGGUGGGUUUUCCUCCACAUGGGCAGGUGUCUCUCAUGAGGUGCAGAAAGCCAACCCAUCCGCCGACGCGACUGUUAUCUUCCCGUUCAUGGAGACCGGACGUGGAAUCGGGAAUGUCGCAAGCGGUCCUCUAAGCGAAGCUCUGCUCAAAGCAGAUAACUGGAGAGGGCAUGCGCUUGGUGCAUAUGGAAGUGGCUAUGGGACACUCGUUGUCUGUACUGGUGCAACUGCAGUAAUGGGUGGAAUCUGUGUGGUGGCACGGCAACUUCGGUGGAUAUAA